AUGACAUCGCCACCAUCGCACAAGGGGAAACUUGCUAUGCCUAACCUCGCCGUAGUGGUUGUGUUGUUUGCCAACACCCUCUCGUUCCAAUCUUGCACACCGAGCACGCGACUGCAAGAAGUUGCUGGAAAGAGCCAAGCAUUUAGUGGCAAUCUGGAUGCAGACAGAGUGGAACGUAUGACGAAUGUUGUGAGCCCCAACUGUCUUUGGCCCAACUGCUUCCCGGUCUGGUUGAAAAUCCAUAACACCACGAAACCAUGUCGUGUGCCGUCCGACCCUGCUCCACUUCCCGAGCCCAUCGUCGACCCCAGGAACCUGAAGCCUUUUUAG